AUGCAUCUCCGUUUUAUUAGUCCUCCGAGGUUGAGAUGGAUAUAUUUUAUUCUGAUUCUUCUGCUUAAACUGUCGGCAUCGACCGUCUUCUCCAGCUCAAUUGUUAAAUAUCUUCCAGGCUAUGAGGGUCAACUUCCAUUCAAGCUCGAAACAGGGUACGAAAGUGUAGGAGACUCCGAGUUAUUCUACUACUUCAUCGAGUCGCAAGGUGACAUUGAAGAGGAUCCUCUAAUUCUUUGGCUGUCAGGGGGCCCUGGCUGUUCUUCCUUCUAUGGACUCAUCUAUGAAAUUGGUCCAUUGGAGUUUGAUAUCCACAACUAUACGGGUGGCUUACCAAGACUUAAGGAUUAUCCAUAUGCAUGGACUAAGACAGCCAGCAUUAUCUUUCUAGAUGCACCUGUAGGCACAGGUUUCUCUUAUGCUAGAACCCCAGAAGGCUGGCCCACCUCAGACUCUAAAUCAGCUGAGCAAUCCUAUCAGUUUCUUAAAAAGUGGUUACUUAAACACCCACAGUAUCUCCAAGUUGAGCUAUACAUUGGUGGUGAUUCUUAUUCAGGCAUGGUAGUUCCCCAAAUCACCAAAAAGAUAAUAGACGAAAAUGGACCUGAUACCAAUCUACGUAUGAAUCUCAAAGGAUAUAUUAUGGGGAGCCCACAUACAGAUUCUAUUAUUGAUGAGAAUUCAAAAAUAAUAUUUGCUCAUCGUAUGGCACUCAUAUCAGAUGAACUCUAUCAGGAACUCAAAACAAGCUGCAAGGGAAAUUAUCAUGUUGUAGACGUCUCCAAUACGAGAUGUGUAGCUGCUCUUCAAACUUACAAAAACUGCAUCAAAGACAUAAAUCGGAGUGAUAUCCUGGAACCAAAGUGUACAUAUGCAUCUCCACAUAUGAACCAAGCAGAAAUGCCUCACAGGUCUCUACAAGAAAAUUCUACAAGUUUCAUCCUUUCACCUCCAAGAAUCCCUGAACUAUGGUGUCGGAACUUUAAUUAUGCGCUUUCCUACAUGUGGGCAAAUGAUGCUCAAGUCCAAGAUGCUUUACACAUUAGAAAGGGAUUUGUAUCAGAUUGGCAGCGAUGCAACAAGAGCAUAUCAUACACCAAGGAUAUCUUGAGCGUGGUUGAUAUUAAUCGGUAUCUCAGUCGAUACGGCUUGCAAGUUCUCAUAGAAUGCGGAGAUCAUGACAUGGUUGUUCCCCUUCUGGGUACCGAACAAUGGAUAAAGUCGCUUAACUUGACCAUUGUAAAUGACUGGCGCCCAUGGUUCGUUGACGGCCAAGUUGCAGGAUACACACAAAAAUAUUCAGAACAUGGAUAUCGUUUGACUUACGCCACUGUCAAGGGUGCAGGUCAUCCAGCUCUAGAAUAUUAUCGCAGAGAAGGUUAUGAGAUGUUUCGGAGGUGGAUACAUUGGUAUCCUCUCUAGAUUAUGCUCAGAUUACCAGAAGGUUCAUAAUAAUAUUCAGUAUUCACUAAGCGCAAGUGGAAAUAAUGUUAAGAGAUUUUAGAAAUAAGUGUGACCACUACUAUUUAUGUUGCGUGGUGUUUAUUGUAAUUGCUAAUCAGAAACCAGUUUGAUAUAAUUAUUUAUGUCACUUAUCAUAUCA